AUGGAUCCAAAUAUCUAUGCCUUGGUAUUGGAUACCCUCAACCGUGCCACAAGUCAAAACACUGAGGUUUUGAAGCCUGCUGAGAAGAAACUACAGGAAUGGGAAACUGAACCGGGAUUUUACUCAGUUUUACUGAACGUUCUAUCGAACCACUCGAUAGACGUGAACGUGCGCUGGUUGGCCGUGAUGUGCUUCAAGAACGGCGUCGAGCGCUACUGGCGGCGGAACGCGCCCAACGCCAUCGCCGAGGAGGAGAAACAGAAGCUCCGCCAGGGCUUGCUCACCACGCCGGUGCUCAGCGAGCCAGUGGCCCAGAUCGCCACGCAGCAGGCCGUCCUCAUCGCGAAGAUAGCGAGGUUCGACUGCCCCACCAACUGGCCUAGUCUAGUGCCGGAAUUGUUGGGAGCUUUAAAGGCGCCCCAACCGCUCGUGCAGCACCGUUCCCUGCUGAUAUUCCACCACGUGGUCAAAGCCCUGGCUUCGAAGAGGCUUAUCGGCGACAGAAGAACCUUCUUGGAGCUGACGAGCUCCGUGUACUCGUUCAUCCUGCAACUGUGGCACGAGAACACGGAGCUGUUCCUGCGCCACAUCCAGGAGGGCGCCGCCACCGAGCUGAUCACCGAGCGGCUGGAGAAGGCGCUGCUCUGCCUCAGGGUGCUGAGGAAGCUCACCGUGUUCGGCUUCAAGAACGCCCACGACAGCCAGGACGCGGUGGCCUUCCUCGACGUGGUCUUCGACCGCGCCAAGACCAGCCUCGAGUGUCGCAAACUGCUCAAGGGGCGCGGCAUCUACCCUCUGGAGUUGUGCGAGAAGUUCAUAAUACACCUGACGAAGGUCGCCCUGGGGGUGCUAUGCUUCCACCCCUUCUCGUACGUGCCCCUUAUUCGCCCAUCGCUCGAGUUCGCGCUCUUCUACUGCUUCACGGAGCAGGGGAUGUCGCUCAUAUACGAGCGGUUCACGAUACAGUGCCUGAAUAUUGUGAAGGCGAUACUGCAGUGCGUCGAGUACAAGCUGCCCAAAGGCGUCGACGCGGCCAAAGACCCGUUGGUGAUGCAGGCGCACCAGGCCAAGGCGUCGGUGCUGGAGCGCGGCGCGGUGUGCCACAUGUGCCGCCACCUGGUGACGCACUACUUCCCGCUGAGCGCCGACGACCUGGCGCUGUGGGACGCCGAGCCCGAGAGCUUCGCCACCGACGAGGCCGGCGAGUCCUGGAAGUACAGCCUCAGGGUGAGCGCUCGUCGUCGCUUGCUAGAAGUCGCACUUCUCUUGGCGAGUCCUGGAAGUACAGUCCUGGAAGUACAGCCUCAGGGUGAGCGCUCGUCGUUGCUUGCUAGAAGUCGCACUUUUCUUGGCGAGUCCUGGAAGUACAGCCUCAGGAAGUCGCACUUCUCUUGGCGAGUCCUGGAAGUACAGCCUCAGGGUGAGCGCUCGUCGUCGCUUGGCGAGUACUACAGCCUCAGGAAGUCGCACUUCUCUUGGCGAGUCCUGGAAGUACAGCCUCAGGGUGAGCGCUCGUCGUCGCUUGCUAGAAGUCGCACUUCUCUUGGCGAGUCCUGGAAGUACAGCCUCAGGGUGAGCGCUCGUCGUUGCUUGCUAGAAGUCGCACUUCUCUUGGCGAGUCCUGCUAGAAGUCGCACAGUACAGCCUCAGGGUGAGCGCUCGUCGUCGCUUGCUAGAAGUCGCACUUCUCUUGGCGAGUCCUGGAAGUACAGCCUCAGGAAGUCGCACUUCUCUUGGCGAGUCCUGGAAGUACAGCCUCAGGGUGAGCGCUCGUCGUCGCUUGCUAGAAGUCGCACUUCUCUUGGCGAGUCCUGGAAGUACAGCCUCAGGGUGAGCGCUCGUCGUCGCUUGCUAGAAGUCGCACUGUCUCUUGGCGAGUCCUGGAAGUACAGCCUCAGGAAGUCGCACUUCUCUGGCGAGUCCUGGAAGUACAGCCUCAGGGUGAGCGCUCGUCGUCGCUUGCUAGAAGUCGCACUUCUCUUGCCAGUCCUGGAAGUACAGCCUCAGGGUGAGCGCUCGUCGUCGCUUGCUAGAAGUCGCACUUCUCUUGGCGAGUCCUGGAAGUACAGCCUCAGGAAGUCGCACUUCUCUUGGCGAGUCCUGGAAGUACAGCCUCAGGGUGAGCGCUCGUCGUCGCUUGCUAGAAGUCGCACUUCUCUUGGCGAGUCCUGGAAGUACAGCCUCAGGGUGAGCGCUCGUCGUCGCUUGCUAGAAGUCGCACUUCUCUUGGCGAGUCCUGGAAGUACAGCCUCAGGG